GCAAUCGUUGUUUUCCAGCGGACUGCUUUCAACGGUGCACUAUUUUCAUGGCCGAUGUUCAUGGCUGGUGUAGAAAAUAGUAGAGCUGCCAGGUGUGGCUGUAAAGGAAUCCGUUCUUGUCUUCUUUGCGAGGAUUUAAACGGGAAACGAAGGGCAGAAGAUGAGGGCCAUUCGGUAUUACAUUUUAAGUACGAACCAUCAUCGGGACUGGCAGUACGGAAUGAGGGUGGUGUGCACGAGUCAUUUCCCUUCCCAGGAGUCUUGCUGUGGGAGAACUUCAUAUCGGAGGAGGAGGAGAGGGACUUGAUAAACAGUAUGGACCAAGAUGCAUGGAAGGAAUCUCAGUCCGGACGCAAGAAACAGGACUUUGGGCCCAAAGUGAACUUUAAAAAGCAGCGCGUGCAUGUUGGGACCUUCAGUGGCCUGCCAGCAGUAAGCCGCAAAAUUGUGCUUCGAAUGAGCCAGGAGCCACUGCUGCAAGGCUUCCACCCUGUAGAGCAGUGCAACCUGGACUACAGUCCCCAGCGAGGGUCUGCCAUAGAUCCCCACUUGGAUGACAGCUGGUUGUGGGGGGAACGUCUGGUCACCGUCAACCUCCUCUCUGACACCGUUGUCACAAUGAGCUGUGACGAAGGACAGCGCGAGGUUCGCGUGUGCGUGAGCUUCCCGCGUCGAUCGCUGCUUGUGCUCCAUGGCCAGGCGCGACACACGUGGAAACACGCCAUUCAUCGGCAGGACAUUCGCCAGCGCAGAGUUUGUUCAACGUUCCGGGAACUGUCCCCUGCGUUUCUGCCCGAGGGAGCGUAUGAAGCCCUUGGCUCACAACUGCUGGACAUGGCCCUCGCCUUCCAGGGGUCACCAGUUUGAAUUAUUCAAUGUGAGCAUGAGGCCCUUAGUUAUGGUCAAUAAGAGCUACAAACAUUUGGUCAUAAAACAGGUAUACAUUACAAUAAUUUUAUAUAUAUGAGCGGUUGCCUUAUUAACAUGUUUAUUGCGACACUGGUUUGAACAGACUUGUUAAUCGAUUGCAAAAAUAAAAUCACCUAUAAAUAUUCCUUCAGAAAGUCAGCCAGAAAAUCCCCAAGAAAAAUGGAUUAUCAGUGUAUUUGCAAUGCAAUAAUAAAAUAGGAGGCCAUUGCUGCUUGUUGUAUUGGUUCAGUAAAGUCAGGUGCCCACUAGGAAGUGAAGGAAAAUGGGCCUCAGAGGCAGACUAUGACAAGAACAGUUUUCCAUGAUUAACUUUUUAAUUUGAAUUUAUGGAAUGCAUUCUUUAGAAAUGGGAGGAAAUUAUAUACAUGGAAUUGGUAGCUUCAGAUUCCUAUUUUGUGUUACCAGUGACUAUUACAAAAAUAAUGCACCUCUUCAGUUUUUAUUUAUUCAGGACAGGAUAUAAGCAAUCCUUAGCCAGCCAUAAAUGUCUGAUGACAAAGCAGAGUUUCAUCAAGCAUGCUUAAAAUAUAAGUUAUUGUAAAACUAUAAAUACUCAUAAUUUUAGGUUUUUAUUUCGAACGAUGUAAAGUGUACCAUUUACCUGUAUUUGUUAAAUGAAAUAAAAUAUUGUUUCAUAAA